AAACUACUGUUAGGACAAAACUAGAGAAUGAUUUAUUGGAACUGGGCAGAGAGUUGAAUACACUAAAACUUCUUCAAGAUAACGUUACAUGUGAAUGCCCUUGGCACAGAAACCCUGUUGUGUUCUCUGCUACGUUGACUACCGACAUUUCAUCGUUAGGUGUUAGACAGCAAAUACCAUUUGAUAAGAUACUCACGAACAUAGGUAAUGCGUACGACAGCCGACAUGGGGAAUUCCGAGCACCAGUGACGGGGGCUUACGAGUUUUCGGUAUCAAUGUUAAUGAAACCUGGUCAAUGGGCAGGCGUAGAAAUAGUCCGAGACGGCGUUCCCAUUGCGAAACUUCGAACUGGCGACAGCGCUCAGUGGACAAUGGCUGGCAAGACAGUGACGGCUGAACUGAACGCAGGACAGGACGUGUGGGUUGAGCAUAUUCCGGAGAGUGACAGUAACGUGUUUUACGGCCAAUCUUUCUCAACAUUCUCAGGCCAUCUUAUACAACCGUAAACUACAAGAAUAAAUACAUUUACCUAAA